UCGCCCGACGCGCACCGCAAAAGGACAAGCGCCCAUCCUUCCCUCCGGGGCCUUACGAGGAGCGCCCGGAGAUGCACCGGGUCCUCCUACUCGCAGCCACCGUCGUCGCUGUAGCCCUCGCUGAUGGUUUUCACCCGGAAAUCAAAAGCUUCGAGGCGAAUCCUGACGCUAAACGGCUGUACGAUGAUUUACUGUCCAAUUACAACAGGCUCAUUCGGCCGGUCAUUAACAACACCGAGACCCUCACGGUAUGGAUGAGAGUCAAAUUAUCCCAGCUCAUUGAGAUGAACUUGAAAAAUCAGCUGAUGACGACGAAUGUCUGGGUCGAACAGAAAUGGGUCGAUUACAAGCUGCGCUGGGACCCGGAGGAGUACGGCGGCGUGCAGAUGCUGUACGUACCCUCGGAGAACAUAUGGCUGCCCGACAUCGUCAUGUACAACAAUGCGGACGGGAAUUACGAGGUGACGCUGAUGACGAAGGCCACGGUGAGCUACACGGGCGAGGUCCAGUGGAAUCCACCGGCCAUCUACAAGUCCUCGUGCGAGAUCAACGUCGAGUACUUUCCGUUCGACGAGCAGUCCUGCUACAUGAAGUUCGGCUCGUGGACCUACAAUGGCAUUCAGGUACGUGUGUACGUAAGGGUAUGGUCAUACUUCCAUCAGGUGGAUUUGAAGCACAUGGACCAGGAGUCCGGGAGCAACGUGGUGCAAACUGGAAUUGAUUUGAGCGAGUUUUACCUGUCGGUCGAGUGGGACAUACUCGAGGUGCCGGCCUUGAGGAACGAGGAGUACUACCCCUGCUGUAACGAACCUUACGCCGAUAUUACUUUCAACAUUAAAAUGAGAAGAAAGACGUUAUUCUACACGGUCAAUCUGAUCAUACCUUGCGUGGGUAUUACCUUCCUCACGGUUUUGGUCUUUUACUUGCCAAGCGAUUCUGGGGAAAAAGUCUCGCUGUGUUCCUCGAUUCUUCUGUCGUUGACCGUGUUUUUCUUGCUAUUGGCAGAAAUAAUACCGCCGACGUCGCUCGCUAUCCCACUGCUCGGCAGAUACCUACUCUUCACGAUGAUACUCGUCUCCCUGUCCAUGUGGCUGACCGUCUGCAUCCUCAAUGUCCACUUCCGAUCACCGUCGACGCACGACAUGUCGCCGUGGGUGCGCUCGGUGUUUCUCCACUGGAUGCCUCGGAUCCUCAUGAUGCGCCGGUCGCCUUACUCGACGCCGGAUUACGACGAUACCUACUUGGACAGCGGAUACACCAACGAGAUGGACUUGAGCAGCUUCCGCGACAGCAUCAGCGAGUACCCAUCCGAGUCCAAGGGCAGCCCCGACGGCUUCGAGAGCGUCACCGCGGCCUACAAGAACAUCCGCGACGAGGAGAUGCGCCACAUACCCCACGCCUCCGUGACCGACAGCGAGAACACGAUGCCGAGACAUCUGUCGCCGGAGAUUUCGUCGGCCCUCCAAGCGGUCAGAUUUAUCGCGCAACACAUCAAAAACUCGGACAAGGACAACGAGGUUAUUGAGGAUUGGAAAUACGUGGCCAUGGUACUUGACAGAUUUUUCCUGUGGGUCUUCACGCUGGCGUGUAUCAUCGGUACAGCAGGAAUAAUUUGCCAAGCGCCAAGCCUUUACGACACAAGGGUGCCUAUAGACCGUCAACUGUCAAGUAUACCAUUACGAAAGGCCAAUACGAUGCUUCCCGAAAUUGGAGCUAAUUACAUGCUCCCACCUCAGUCAUUUAUGGAUAACUAAACGAAACCUUUUUCUGCGACCAACGAAAACCAACCCAUAAACAAUGCGCACAAAAACGAAUUCAUCACAUGGUUCCAUCAUAAUAUAUGUACGCUACAUUUCAUACUGAGAAAAAUAUUAUUAUUGACAAAUAAUGAUAUUAAUAAUUGUAAUAAAGAAUUUUGGUUAAAUCUAA